AUGCCCCAACCGAUAAAUCACUUCGGUGGCAACGACGAGAUCGAGUCGCUUUCUCGUGUCGUGACGCGUGCACGUCCGACGAUCAAACAAACAGUCGGGCGGCUGGUGGCCGGGGUCGAUCGACGAGCGAUUCAUUCGCCCGAUGACGAAUUGCCCGGCCGGGAUCUCACGCCGUCUGCGCGUAAACACCUCCCGGCAGUGUCCACGCGUUCCCGUUUCUUGCGGACAGCGCCGGGACUUAGACGUGUCCCGGACCAAGCGGGCGGCGUGGCCACCGCGAUCGCCCGCGCGCUUCUUGAUUUAAAUCCCGUAACAAAAUAUGUACUGUUUUACGCCCGUGCAACGAUGGAUUUAUCCGUCCUAACAUUCGACUGCGGGGCAUUGUCGGCGCAUAGCUCUUUGCCGCCCAAAUAUUUACGC